AUGACACGAUACAUAUCUCUGCUGCCUGGCCAAGACGAUCCACACAUUCAGAUACCGUUGUCCCUGAAGCCCAUAAUCACAUUUAUUCUUCGCGCCAGAAACACUCCCUCGGGUCCCGCGCCCCCCACCGUCUUGGGGCUAGCUAAGCUCCUGAUAGACUUUCUUAGUCUUAGUCCCUUUUACGGACUCCCCCUUCUCCCCAACCAAAUGCCACUACACAACUGGAGACAUCACAUCUUCUGGAACCAUAUGCUAGACACUAGACCCGUGUCCCAUCCACAGCACAGCGUCUUGUCCCCCCCGUUCCUCCGACUUUCCAACGUGCCUCGCUGUCUCUUCAUCUUGCUCUCAGGCCCUCUCAGCUCUUCCCAAAAUCCCGCUAUAUUUGGUGUCUCUCUCCCGCAGUUCUUCACUCUUUGCCUCGUCCGCAAACAUCUAGACUUAUUCGCCCUUGCCUUUUACCUCAUACUACGUACUUAUCUGGCCUCCUACCUCGAAGUGCCGCACAGCCUGCCUGACGGACUUGGAAACGGCUUGCCGUACAAUAGCACUGCCGCAGCCCAGACUUACAGUCUACGAACCCUCGCGCCUCUGUCUCCGACCCAUUGUCCGAUCAUAUUAGCUGGAAUAUCAGACCUAUUCGAGAAUGUCUACUACAAAGAGCGCCAGCAUCGACGCCGUGCAGACUCUCCCGAGGAAGCAGACACCGCAAGUGAAGGCGGAAUCGAAGUCCCGCCAACACCAGCUGAGAGUUUUACUUCCGAAGAUGGAUUACUCCCUCCUGCCUACAUGAUACCGAAACCAUGGACACGGAAACGUUCCUUCAUCAUGUGCGGCGCUGUUUGGUUAGCCAUGCUCUUGAUAUUUGUCCUUCUGAACCUGGUACUAUUCGUAGCCCGCGAGGUCUGGGAUACGGCAUCCGGGCAGUUUGAAAGCGCGAGCAUCGUUGAGCCGAUUCCAUGCCACUCUCAUAAUGACUACUGGAGAAAAAGACCCAUCUAUGACGCUCUCCAGGCAGGAUGCAUUGGCAUUGAGGCAGACGUGUGGCUCAUGGACACCGAGUUAUUCGUUGGCCACAACAAGUGGUCUCUGCGUCAGAAGAACACCUUCACGAGUCUCUACAUAGACCCCCUCGUUCGUCUGCUUGAGGAACGGAACGCGGACCUCGGAAACAUCACACAGGAAUCGCCUCGGGGCAUUUAUGAGGCAAGCCCGGAUCAAACCAUGGUUCUCUUGGUGGAUUUGAAGACGAGCGGCCCGGAGACUUGGCCGGAGGUGGUCCGUCAGUUGGAGCCCUUGCGAGAGCGAGGCUGGCUGAGCAAAGUCAUCGAUGGCAAAGUCCACUAUGGGCCCAUCACCGUCGUCGGGACAGGCAACACUCCUUUCGGUAUGGUCGUCGAAAACACGACCUACAGGGACACGUUCUUCGACGCUCCCCUCCUGAACCUAGACCGUCACAACUUCGAUCUUACCAACUCCUUCUACACGAGCGUAUCGUUCAAGAAGGCGCUCGGCACCGUUUGGUUUGGUGACCUAUCAAAGGGCCAAAUGGGGAAACUGAGAGCGCAAAUCAAAGAAGCCCAUUCUCGCGGCUUAAUGGUCCGGUACUGGGAUCUCCCAGCAUGGCCAAUCAGUAUCAGAAACCACGUAUGGGAUGUGCUUGUUCAAGAGGGCGUUGAUAUCCUAAAUCCUAACCGGAUAGGGCUUCGUGAGCUCCUCCAGAGGCACACCCCCCUCUUCGGAGUCAGAGCCACGCUUGCCGGUCGACAAUAUCUGGAAUGUUGGCGGGAGCAUUCUCCCUGCUCAUAUUGGCGUGUCGCUUCUCGAGAGCUGAGACACUCGAUGCUGGGAGAAUACGAUAUAAACACCACAACCACUACCGAUCUCCUAUUCAAGGCCGGCCCAUGGGCCAUCGCACAAAACUACCCAAAAUCGAUGUACAACGUUGUCAGAUUAACUCCUUUCUCGGGUAGGACGACUUCUCCGAGAACGUCCUUCACAUACGGCUACUUGGAGUCGCCUUGUCUACACCAAAUAGUACACUUAGAAAAUUUUCGGACGUGCCCAUUACUAGAAGGUGUUUACCAACAUACGUACAAUGAAUGGGUUGGCGCAAGUUGCAUUGCAGUCAACGCCGUUUACAGAGCGGUCCGGGCGAUAACCGCCGAGCUGACCGAUUCCGAUCCGUGCCAAGACUCGGGUGCGAUGGCUUCGCAAUCUUCCUCCCGGCCACCGCCGUUCAUCAUAUCUGGUCGGGAUUUGCAGGCGAUUUGUGGUGCAUCGGUUUUUGCCUUUGAAGCCGAAAUACCGUGUUUUCUCCGGCGGGGAGGCCUCGGCAACGGCGAACAGGACGACGCAUCUUAG